CCCCCACGUCAUCUGUCAAAAUUGCCAAAUGGGGCGAUAGCACACGUAGCAAUAACUCUGAAAUUUUCAAUAAAAACCCUCUAAUGGUGCGAAGCCAGCCGUCUUUCCGACUGCGCCAGAAUGCCUCCCAGCAGCCACGUAAGAACAGCCACAAAACAGCACAUCAAAAAGCCCCGAAAACGCCACCGAGUAAACCAGAAAACAGCGGGGGUUUGGUGUACCCAGGGGGCGACACCGCGUUCAAAGCACUGCUGUCGGCGAGGUUUUGUGCUGCGAUUUGGUCGCACAUCUCCGAUUGCGAUGAAACGUACAACUACUGGGAGCCCAUGCACUAUUUGGUUUUCGGGAAAGGGCUCCAGACGUGGGAGUACAGCCCCCAGUAUGCGCUACGGUCGUAUACUUACUUGAUGUGCCAUGCAGCCCCCGCGUAUAUUUACCACAAGUUGCUGCAACCCAACCCGUUAUUGAUGUUUUAUUUUAUCAGAUGUUUGUUGGGGCUGAUUUGUGCCCUUGCAGAAGUUUACUUUUACAAGGCUGUUUGUCGCGAAUUUGGGGUCCACAUAGGGCGCGUUUGCCUGUUUUUCCAAAUAUUCGCAGCGGGGAUGUUUAUAUCAAGCACUGCGUUUUUACCUAGCAGUUUUGCUAUGUACACAUUCGCGGCUGCUUGUGCCGCAUGGUGGCAACAGAGGUACCCCCUUGCGAUUUUCUUCACGGCUUUGGGCUCACUCCUUGGAUGGCCAUUUGCGGCUCUUCUAGGAGUCCCCAUCGCCUAUGAUAUGCUAAUUCGCAGAAAAAUGUACUUGGAUUUUUUUGCUUGGGGGGUUAUUUCCGGAUCGGUGGUGCUUUUACCCAUGAUUUUAAUCGAUUCAUUCCAAUACGGCCGUGUUACGAUAGCCCCCUUGAAUAUCGUUCUAUACAACGUGUUUGGGGGUGCUGGUCCCAACUUAUACGGGACUGAACCAUUUUCGUUUUAUUUCAUAAAUGGGUUUAUCAAUUUUAAUUUUAUAUGGAUUUUAGCCCUCUUGAGUCCUGUGGCUAUAAUUUUGGGUCAUUUCUUCCUACCAAUGAAAAACAAAAGUACACUUUAUUUGCCCUAUUGGCUGUCUAUAAGUCCUCUAUUUUUGUGGUUGGGUGUUUUUAUGUUGCAACCUCAUAAAGAAGAACGGUUUUUGUUUCCUGUUUAUCCAAUGAUCUGUCUUUGUGGGGCUAUCACAGUCGACAUUGCCCAAAAGUUGUUUUUCAGAAUAUGGAAUUUAAUAAAGACAGUACCACAUGGUACCCACUAUUUAGACAUUACGAUGUUUAUUAUGGUGGCAACAAUUGCAGUCACAGGGAUUUUUAAUGUUUCACGAAUUUUUGCACUGUAUAAAAAUUACCACGCCCCUCUUGACCUACUAAUUGAAUUGAACCGAUUUCCGGCUGAAUCCAGCGUUCCAGAACGAGCAAUAAUUAACGUUUGUUUGGGGAAAGACUGGCACAGAUAUCCUUCAUCGUUUUUCCUCCCCAACAAAAACUGGAACGUCCGUUUUGUCCAAUCGGAAUUUAAAGGCUUGUUACCGGCACCUUAUUCCGCCGGUAGCAAUGCGACUUACAUCGUUCACGAUCAUUUCAACGACCAAAAUCAAGAAGAACCGAGUUUAUAUUUCAAUUUGAGCAAAUGCCAUUUUUUGCUGGAUUUGGAUUUAGAUAAGGAAACAGAACUGGAACCGAAUUAUGCGAAAAUGAAGGAUCGGUGGAAAAUCUUGAAAAGUUACAGAUUUUUGAAUGCGGAAAAGUCGCAUCGAUUCUUCAGAGCUUUUUAUGUACCCUUUAUUUCAGAAAAAUAUGUACAGUUUGGCAAUUUCAGCCUCCUGCAAUCGACGAAAUUAAGGAUAAAAUAGUUGUAGCAAUAAUUGUUAAUCACGAAUCGUGUAAUUAUGGAGACGUAUUUUUCCAUACUGUUACUGUACUGCUGGUUGAGUAAAUGAGUGAACUGUCUUUUUGUGAUAUAGUUGUGAUUUUGUAGCUUGUGUGUGGUAAUAAAUUAAGAACAAUA